CGCUUUGCUAAUGACAACUUCCGGUAAAAAAAAAAAGGAGGGAAAAACCACUUCCGGUGUGAAGUUUUGAAUUUUCGUUGGUUGCUUUCAGUAGCUGUCCGAGACGUGGGCACAAAGCAAAAGUUCUUAUCAUCAUCUUCAAAGAGAAGAUAGACAGGGAAAAGUACCAUGGAUGACGACAAUCACAGAUUAUUUCAAAGAGUUUCACAGAAACUGGGCUGGUCAGAGAAGGGAGGGUUGAAAACAGCAGAAGAACAGCUGAUUAAGAGCAUCAGUAAGACUCGGCGUCCGGCCACAGGCGAUCACUUCUCCAGGGGUGUUCAAGACCUUCCUCCCCGAGUCCGGCAACAUCUGCCAGACAGUGAGGAAGAGGACGACGGAGGCUCAGGGAAAGAGAACCAGGUCUCCAAGGGCAACAGUUACAGGACCAAGGUGUUGAUAGAGUCCAGCGAUGAUGAUUUCGACCAGUUUCUUGUGGAGCAAGCUACACCCAAAGCUGCUUCUCGGAAACAUUGCAGUGCUGCUAACAAAGUCAGGGAACCAGUCCUUGUAUUAAGCUCAGACAGUGAUGGCGGCUUUGAAAACUUCCUGAGCCGUGUGAAAACUCCCAAGCCGAAGCCCAAGGAAGCGGAACGUGGCAGUGUAGACAGCCUCAGAAACUUUAUUGUCGACAGCGCUUCCUCCGACGAUGACGUCGUCCUCAAGAAGAAAAAAACACCUACCGCCAAAGGUACCUCUAACACCCCUAAGCCGUCAUCCUCCCAGCUCCCAGUCAGAAGACCCCUGUCCCAGUGUGACGCCCCAGUUUUCCUCAGCGACAGUGAAGAUGAUGGUAUCUUGAUGAAGAGCACGUGGAGGACGCGCCACCCUGUGCGCCAUCCGCCCACGUCUCGGACACACAAGGUCAAAGUUCCACAAAGUAACCAGGAGGACAUCUUCUUUCCCUCGCCCUCCCCUCCUUCUCUGUCCUCUCCUCUCCCCUCUUCCACCCCGACCCCCCUUCCACAACGGACCCACUCAGCCCCGUCGAAGCUGGAGGACUCAGCCAGCUCAGAGGAGGAGUUCCUCAGCUUACUGGACAGAAUUAAGAAGAACCACAAGACUGGCAACACCCCAACACCUAAACAUGACACAGGGCCCAAUCAGAAGCCCCCCCUGUCAGCUCCACGGCCCAAAGCCUCGAAAGAGGCCGGCCCUCGGCCGGUAGGGAGGACACCAUUGGUUCUGAAGACUCCAGCGAGGCUGCUUGUCUCUAAACCCACAGAGACCAGACUUCAGACCAGCAGCCUUUCCUUCUCCAGUGUAUCAGCAGGGUGUAUGACUCCUGGGUGUUUCCUCCAGUCUCUGUCUGGACCAGGCUCCAGCUACAGCCGCAACUUCAAACAGACCAAGGAGGAGCUCACCAGCAAACUGUAUCGCCUGUACAACACCAGCGUGUUCGACAACAAGCUGCCCAGUAACAUGUCAGUGAGCUGGAAUAACAAGAUGAGAAAGACUGCUGGCUACUGCGUCACAGGGCAGGAGAGAGGAGGAGGGAACCGAUACGCCCAUAUCCAACUCUCUGAGAAAGUCUGUGACUCUGCAGACCGCCUGCGAGACACAUUGGUUCAUGAGAUGUGCCACGCUGCCACCUGGUUGAUCAACAGUGUGAGGGAUGGGCACGGCCCCUUCUGGAAGCUGUACGCCCGCAAGGCCACGCUGGCACACCCUGAGCUGCCCAUGGUCACCCGCUGCCACAGCUACGACAUUAACUACAAGUACCAGUACCAGUGCAGCUGCUGCAAAAACACACUCGGUCGCCACUCUAAGUCUCUGGACACCCAGAGGUUUGUGUGUGCCGUCUGUACGGGUCAGCUGGUCCUGCUCAACCCCUCCAAGCCCCGGGCACCCACGCCCUUCGCCAACUUCGUCAAGGAGAACUAUGGCAGUGUUCGCCAAAACCUGGUGGGUCAGAGCCACGGUGAGGUAAUGAGGAAACUCAGUGUUGACUUUGCCACCAAGACCAAGCUCAACCAGAACUGAGAGGGAGAGAGAGAGGGAUCAGCUGUCCCUAUAUUUCACUGUAUCCUUGGCUUGAAGAAUUUCACUGGUCUCACAUUAUUUGAUAGGUGUGAAAGAGAUGAGGUGGAUUCAUUCUGAGGCAGUUGGAGGGCGUGGUUGCAUGGACCUGGAUUAGCCCUACACUGCUCUUGUCUCAGACUAUAAAGCCCUCAGGAUCUUAAUAAUAAGACAUGUAUUUUGUUCAGGAGUAGCUGUAAAAACCCUCGCUGAACAUGCAUUCUUCUGUUAAUUCCUUGAUGGUUUCCACUGCUCUGAUUUGAAGCAAUGAUGGGAUCCUUCUCUUUCAACCAUCCUAAUGUGUAAGAUUAGUGGGAUCUUCAAGUUGAUAGGUCUUAAAUACCUCUGUGGUUAUAUCAGGUUUUCAGAGGCAGCUAUGGUGUCUGUCAUUCCUUACCUCUAACUGGAGUCUCACCAUUACAGAGAAGUGUUGCCAAGAGACACACUGCACAGUGACUAAAGGGAACGAGAAUCAGUCAUAUAUUGUUGUGUCAAGCCUGCCUGUGACAUGGUUUCAUACCAUUCAAAUAUCAUUUUUGGGAGCUUUAGUGAUGUAAACAUAUGGUGACUUGAAAUUUGAAUUCAGUGAAAAUGAUUAUUGUAAUAUAUUUUCAGGUAUAUUUUUGUUCCAUUACAUUUGAAUCAGUGCAUAACAGGCAGAUGUGGCAACUUCUCAUUCAUGCGACGGGAAAGAUGUUAAAAAAUUAACGUUUGUCUUAAUGUGUUUUUUUUUUCGUCAUGUUUUGUUGUUGAUAACGUUACAUGUUUUAAUAAAAGAUUUGAUGUUGUACACGUUAGUGUCAACUCUGCAAUAUAA